ACAAAGGACGAAACGCAAAGUGAGCAAUGGCAUUAUGCCAUUCUCAUCCCCUCUAAAGGUGACGGAGCAGCCCGAAUCGAAUCUUCUCUUCAAAACAGCAAAUCUUCAACGGCUAAGAUUCGAUACGAUAAUACACAACAACAUCAAUCCAACGGUUGAUAUCAUACACACUCCCCUACUGAAAACUUGGAACCAAGAUUUGAUUUCAGUCCCAGCAAUUCCUAAAGCUGAAACUGCGAACCCAGAGAGAAAAAUGGCAUCCCAAUCUUCAUCUUCAGAGAAGGGAAAGGGUAAGGAAAAGGAAAAGGAAGAGGAAGUGGAAGAGGAAAAUGAGAAAUCUGUUGAGGGAGUAAAAGAGAAGGUAAAAAAAAAGGGAUUGGGGUGGAUGGAGUGGCUGAGGGGGUGGAUGUAUAUAAUCUACGAGAUGCUGUUCCAGAGGAUCUCAGCUAGCCAUUUGCAGAACCCAAUGCCUCUCCCUCCCAUUAAUGACCUCACCUGCAUCGUCACAGGCUCUACUUCUGGCAUCGGCAAAGAAAUUGCCCGGCAAUUGGCAGAAUCAGGGGCACAUAUUAUUAUGGCUGUCAGAAAUCCAAAAGCAGCUAAUGAUUUGAUAAAGAAGUGGCAGGAGGAAUGGUCAGGAAGGGGCCUUCCUCUUAAUAUUGAGGUGAUGGAACUAGAUCUUCUCUCUCUGGAUUCUGUUGUGAGAUUUGCUGAAGCUUGGAAUGCACGUACAGGGCCUCUGCAUGUUCUCAUCAAUAAUGCCGGAAUAUUUUCCAUAGGAGAACCACAAAAGUUUUCGAAAGAUGGAAAUGAAGAACACAUGCAAGUGAAUCAUCUUGCUCCGGCACUGCUAUCUAUAUUACUUUUGCCAUCCCUUGUUAGAGGCUCCCCAAGCCGAAUUAUUAAUGUGAACUCUAUUAUGCAUUACGUAGGAUUUGUUGACACAGAAGAUAUGAACGUUGUAUCUGGGAAAAGAAAGUACACGAGUUUGGUGGGAUACACAAGCAGUAAGCUGGCACAGGUCAUGUUCAGCAGUGUUCUUCAUAAGCGUCUACCAGCUGAAGCUGGCAUAAGUGUAGUAUGUGUUUCUCCUGGAAUUGUCCAAACCAAUGUCGCCAGGGAUCUUCCAAAGAUUGUCCAAGCUGGUUAUCAUUUAAUACCCUAUUUUAUAUUCAGUGCUGAAGAAGGUUCUAGAAGUACACUAUUCGCAGCCACAGAUCCCCAAGUUCCUGAAUAUUGUGAGAUGUUGAAAGCGGAUGAAUGGCCAGUCUGUGCCUUCAUAUCUCAAGACUGUCGUCCCACAAACCCUUCUGAAGAAUCGCAUAAUCUUGAAACAUCAUAUAAAGUGUGGGAAAAGACACUUGAAAUGGUGGGACUUCCCUCAGAUGCGGUAGAGAGACUUAUAGAAGGUGAAGAAGUUGAAUGCAAAUACGGAGCAUCCCAGUAGGACGAAUGCUACAUGUACAAACUUGUGUUGAUCCGCGUGAGAUGGCAUUGUAAUCCACAUAUCGAAUUGAUCUUAUCAUUUCUCCUCACAUCAUGCAUAUAGCAUUAUACAUCCCUGUAGUUUACUUUUCAUACUAGAGUAGGAGCCCCCUAAAGCUAAUCAUUUUGUCUUUCUCAGUCAUCUCAUGAUAUAACCAAGGCACACAUAUGCAUGGAUUUUCAUAAUAUAUUGUAUCACACUUCCACUUUUUCUCAUUUGUACUCGGCAUUCUUGUACGAGUUGCUUACUCUUACUUAACAGCACAUCCUUUCAACAUCUUCAAACACGAGGACCUUUUUUGUU